UGAAAGUAAUGAAAAAAUAUGUGCAAAUAUAAAAGUUUAGACAGCUUGUUUAUAAAUCCAUUAGUUUAAAUUACUGCUGAAUUUUCAGAAAUUCAGGGAUUUGGUCGUUUGCCAGUUCUUUUGGCUAAUAAUUUGUUACUAGAAAUUACUCCAAAAAACUGUUUUUUAUACGUGGAUUCAUUUACUUUUUUUUAACGAAAAUUUACCCAAAUCAAUUAUGGAAUCCCCCCAAUGAAUAAGAGAAAACAAUUUUAUUUGGCGUAAAUUUAAACGAAAUGAAUUUGAGUCGCGCUAUUUACCUAAACUCACUUGAAGACUCUGAUGAAGAAUUGGAGAUUACGACAUCGUAAGCCCCGGGUAUACCAAACGAGGCCCAACUUUUUGGAGGAUAUGGACGAUGAUGAGUUUAUAGCUAAAUUCCGGGUUUCGAAGGCUACUUGCUCGAUGCUUUUACAAAAAAUAGGAGGGAAGAUGGAGCACCUGACAUCCAGAAACUACGCUCUGAGUCCGGAGGACAAACUAUUGUUGGCCCUACGAUACUAUGCCUGUGGAAAGUUUUUAGUGACCCUCGGGGACUUCUGCAAAGUGAGCACAUCCUCCGCUUGUCGAGCCGUAAAAGAGGUUUCCUUCAACAUUGCCGCCAUGUCCAGGGAGUACAUCAAGUUUGGCGAUCCCGAUGACGUUGUGGAAGGACUCCAAAAGCUGUCCAAUUUUCCUAAUGUGAUGGGGGCCAUUGGGUGCACCCACAUUCGGAUCAAAUCCCCAGGGCAGAGAGAAGAUGAGGAAUACCGCAACCGGAAAGGCCACUUCACAUUGAAGGUCCAGGCCGUUUCCAGUGCGCAGUUGAUUAUCCAAGAUUUGGUGGCCAGGUGGCCUGGCUCAACCCCAAACAGCACCAUCUUCGAAAACAGUCGAUUGAAACAGCGAUGGGAAAGCGGUGAAUUCGAAAAUAGUGUUCUUCUGGGCAAUGGCUACAAGUCAAGCAAGUACAUGAUGACCCCCGUUGCUAAGCCCACCACGGAGGCGGAAAAACGUUACAAUGAGUCCCAGAUCGCCACUGUCAACAUAGUUUCCAGGUGUUUUGAGGCUUGGAAACGACGGUUUCCGGUUCUGUCCUACGGAAUGCGCAUCCAUGUUGAUACUGCCAAAGUGGUCAUCGUUGCCUGUGCGGUGCUCCACAACAUAGCCAUCCAGGAAAAAGAUCCACUGCCCCCCAAGGAUGAGGAUUCGUCACCGGAGUCGUUUGGGGAUGACGAGGAAAUCGAUGACAUAGUGGAUGCCUCCGAUGGGUUUCACAGAAACGAUUUCAUUAUUAAGUAUUUCGAUAGGUAAUACAAAAAUAGAAUAGGUCUAUUAGUCUUAGAGUAAAUUGAGAUUAGAGAACAUCAAUCCUUUGGAGCAUCCUGCAAAGUAGCAAU